AUGCCUUCACUCAUUUUUCCUUCUGUUGGAGUGCAACUCCUCAGCUCUUUGGUCUUUUUCGUAGGCGUGACAGUCCUCACCCACUGUCUGUCGCGAAGGGCUCUCGCCGAAGACCUGACGACUUGGAAAUUCCCUUCCCGAAUCCCUUGGCCCCGCCUUUGUAUCUUGCUUAUUUUCUUGGAUUCAUGGCUGUUUCUCUUUUCUAGUGGUGUCCUCACGUUUGGUGUUGGCCUAGAAACACAUCGAAAGAUUUGCGCAGUGGCAAUAUACAUCUGCGUCUUCUUCUAUUCUACUUCAAAGUUCCUCAUUUACUGCUUCCUCAUCGAGAAAGUGCAUCUUGUCUGGUCCCCCGUUGGGGGUGUGCGUCGCUUUCAAUCGAAAAUCUAUAUUCUCUGCACCAUCACAGUGGGACUAUAUUCCGUUGCUAUUGCCGUAAUGGUCAUUGGUGAUGUCGGUUUCUUGAGGGAGGAUGACAGGGUUUGCAUUAUAGGUCUGAAGCCAUACUCUUCGAUAUUUCUGUUGGCGUAUGAUCUAUACAUUACUAUUUUCCUCACGGCGCUGUUUCUGUGGCCUAUCGUUCGAUCGAGUCUCGCGAAUCCCCGCGUCAAAAUGGUUGCGAUCAGAACAUUGAUUGCCGCUGUGGUCGCCCUUACGACAUCUAUUGUUAACAUGGCAGUACUGACCUUUUUUCGUGGUCAUGAGCUUGGUUGGGUAUGUCUUUGUAGCUGCGGGGCGGAUGUCAUUGUCAACGCAGUAGCUCUCUUCUGGGUGACCAGUGGUCCCCUUAGUAAACCCGUAGGAUCUGCUACCGGCCCAACUGAUCCCAGACGGCCAGCGGAGAUGCGCGCCAGAGCUUCUUCGGUAGUUGUUGUUGGCAACAACCCACCUGUCAAGUCCCCUCAGACGAGUUUUAACGACCGAAGACCCAGUAUCUCUGUUGACCUCCCUUCAACCCCUGCUGCAAUCAUGCCCUUCAAUACAACAUUUUCGCAUCCAGCUUUCGGCGAAACCUGUGUUUCCCGACCCUCUCAACUGCCACAAUCCCUUUUCAAGUCCGCGUCAAGUGUUAUGCCAGCAACAUCCCCCAAGUUUUCUGAGUCGCAUGAGCUACAGGUAUGA